AAUAGUACCUAUAUUCAUGAAAGGACCCUGCAUUCAUGAACUGACUGCCGUCGUUCAGAAACGAUUCGGAUUCCCCGAGGACAGUGUGGAGCUGUACGCUGAGAAGGUUGCCACCCGGGGUCUCUGCGCCAUCGCUCAGGCAGAGUCGCUGCGCUACAAGCUGCUCGGAGGUCUGGCUGUCCGUAGGGCCUGCUACGGUGUGCUGCGCUUCAUCAUGGAGAGCGGGGCCAAGGGUUGUGAGGUGGUUGUCUCUGGUAAACUGAGAGGUCAGAGAGCCAAGUCCAUGAAGUUUGUGGAUGGCCUGAUGAUCCACAGUGGAAACCCAGUUAACUGCUACGUUGACACCGCUGUCCGCCACGUCCUGCUCAGACAGGGUUGUCUGAUCAUUGAUGGAAGGCCUACACUUUUCUGUAUAUAUAAAAAAAAUGAUAAUAAAAGAAUAAAUGGGGAAAUGUUGUCUGUAUUGAUUCGUUUCAAAGCUGUAAUGAAUGACUCCAGUACUUAAUGGGUUUCACCAGACCAAGCUUAAUUUAAAAUUGAACAUUGGUCUGGAGAGUCUGUAUUUUCUACUGCACAAGAGGCGAGAUCAACGAGCAUUAU